AUGAAGUCAAGAGUAACUUGGUUGGAGGAUGGUGACCAAAAUACUCGUUUCUUUCAUAACAACAUCCGCAUGAAGAGAAGUCAAAAUACCAUAUCAGAGCUUAAGAUUACUAACGAUACUACUUUGUUUUUGCAGGAUAAGAUAAAUGACUAUAUUAUUAAUCAUUAUCAGGCCAAAUUCAAUGGUGGUGACGUUCAUAUUGACCCAGUUUUAUUUGAUUUUGAUCAUGAAAACAUCUCAGCUACUGAAAGUGCUUAUAUGGAUGCUAUUCCAUCUCUGGAGGAAGUUAAAAUGGCGGUCUUUGAUUUGGGAGCUGAUUCUGCGCCUGGCCCGGAUGGCUUCACUGGUUCUUUCUAUCGUCAAUGCUGGGACAUUAUUUCUAGAGAUCUUUUUAAUGCAAUUGCAAAUUGCUGGUCCAUGCGUAAAAUUCCCAAUAGCAUUAACUCUAGUUUUAUUGUUCUUAUUCCAAAAAAUAGCAGGUCUGAUGCUAUAAAAGAUUAUAGGCCAAUUGGUUUGAGCAAUUUUUUCUUCAAGAUCAUUACUAAGAUAAUGGCUACCAGGCUUGGUGCUGUUUUGAAUAAGUUGAUUUCUGAAGAGCAAGUGGCGUUUAUGAAGGGUAUAAACAUUCAUGAGAAUAUAGCUUUGGCGUCUGAAUUGAUCAAUGAGAUCAAUAUAGAAAGGAAACAUGGAAAUGUGGGCCUCAAAUUGGAUAUUUCUCAAGCCUUUGAUACGGUUAGUUGGGAUUUCAUUGCUGAAGUUUUUCGUCAAUAUGGCUUUUCUAACUCCUGGUGCAAGUGGGUUCCUAACAUUCUUAGCUCAGCUCGGAUUUCUGUCAUGCUUAAUGGUUUCCCUGAAGGUUAUUUCAGUAUUACUAGAGGUUUGCGUCAAGGUGAUCCUCUCUCACCUUUGAUCUUUUUUCUUAUUGAAGAUGUCUUAAGUCGCAAUCUUUCCAAGUUGUUUGUGAAUAAUAGUAUGCAGGUUAUGUGCGUAAACUUUGCAAAGAGAAAGUUUUAUUUUGGAGGUGAUAAAAGUUCUCGUGCUAUUGUUAUUUCUAACUAUUUGGGUAUCGAGAGGGUUAUGUUUCCGGAUAAAUACUUAGGUAUUCAAUUGAAACCUGGAUUUGUUCGGCAUAUUCACGUUCGUCAAGUGGUUGAGAAGAUUAUGGACAAAUUGGCUGGCUGGAAAGGUAAACUUUUAUCAUUCCAAGCGCGGAUAGUGCUAAUUAAAUCGGUGAUUUCCAGUUAUGUUAUUCAUUCUAUGGCUGUUUAUAUAUGGCCAUGCACGGUGAUUAAGCAAGUUGAGAGGACCAUUAGAAAUUUUCUUUGGUCUGGGGAUGCUGAGAAACGUAAAUAUUUUACGGUUCUAUAUGAUGAUCUUUGCCUCCCAAAGCAUGAAGGUGGUCUUGGCAUUAAGAAGUUAAAUGAUGUUAAUAGGGCUAUGCUCAUGAAGCUUUGGAUUUCUAUUCGAGAUUCAAAUAAGAUUUGGGACAGAUUUUUGAGGGCCAAAUAUUUUAAGCUCAAUGGUAAUCUUAUUAAUUACAAGCUGGGUUCUUCGGCUAAAGUUAGUGAUAUUAUUUUUGAUGGUGCUUGGGUUAUUCCUGAAAAAACAAGAGAGUUGAUGAUUCGUUGCAAUAUUGAUGUGGAAAACUUGCCGGUUAUUGCUGGUGCUGAGGAUUAUAAAAUUUGGGAUUUAGAUAGCAAAGGCGUUUUCUCAGUUAAGUCGGCUAAGGCCGCUCUUAAGUUGCCGGCAGAAGUUGUACCUUGUGCAAAUCUGUUUUCUAGACAGGUUGUGCACUCUACAUUGUGUGUGCAAUAUUGGAAGAUUUGGGCCAAGCAAUGUUGUGCUAGUGAAGACAAUAUUAUUAAGAAGACUGGUAGGAGCAUGCCUACUCUGUGUCGUUUAUGUAGGAAAAGUGGCGAAACUCUUAGCCACAUCACUUGGCAUUGCAGAGUGGCUAGGAGGAUUUGGGCUUGGGUGGCUGGAGUUUUCAAGCUCGAUCCAAAGGAAGACCUGGUGGACUCAUAUAAGGCUGCUAAGGGUCGUAGUAGAAUGAUCAAGGACCUGUGGUUAGUUGCGAAUCUGGCAAUUGUCACGGAGUUAUGGAAGUUACGUAACAAGGCUUAUUUUGAGAACAUGACUUUUCAAUGGCUGGGUUUUAAAGGGAGAGUUUAUCAGGUUAUUGGUGAUAAUUCAAUUAGAAUGAAAGGCCACAUGCAUAAUAAUUUAGAGGAGUUACGCAUUCUGAAUUAUUUCAAAGUGCGGCAUAUAUCAUGCAAAACGUCUACCCCAAUUGAGAUUAGUUGGUCUCUUCCUGAUCAAGAUGAAAUCAUGAUUUGUUGUGAUAGUGCUUCUUUCGGAAACCUGGGUCAAGCUGGUGCAGGUGUGGUUUUCAGGAAUGCAAGUUCGGAGGUGCUUGGUGCUCUUUGUCUUGGCCUUGGUUCGGAAGUGCGGAGUCACCACACUGGUGGUGCUAGUAUUAAUAUUGGUGGUAAUAGCAGAGCCAUUGACAGGCAUAAUCCUCAUCUCAGAGAUAUAAUUGGACGAAGCAGAGAAGGUUUACUGUCACUAAAUAACAAUGAUGAUAACACUGUCAAUAAUCCAUCUUCAUCUGCUUCGACGUGUCAUCCACUAACCAAGAAUCUUAAUGUAUUCACUCCUCGAAAAAGCUCUGUUACUAAACCAAUCACUGAUGUAUUUACUCCUCGGAAAAGCUCUGUUUCAAAAUUAACUAUUACAGGUUUAUUAAGUCCUCGAAAAGGCUCUGUUUCUACGCCAAUUGCUGACUUUUUUACUCCUCCUGGGUCUACAAGAUACUGA